AUGUCGGAACUUGCAGCUGCCUUGCCGGUGGUUCAAGACCGCGCCCGUCGUCGAGUUUCAAGGGACGCCCCGUUGCCAGAGAGAGCCCGUAGCCUACGAGAUCACCGACGAUCCGUGUCCUACCAGGAUGAUCGACGGUCUGCUCAGGUGGCCGUGGCCAGCUCUCGGCGACGGAAGCCAACCGAGUACUACUACGAUGCCCCAUCCAGCGCCGCCGGUGAUCUCGAAGAUCGCGAGCGUGAAGCCGAGAACUAUCAGGCAGCCCGAUCCGGCCGAACCUCAGCGCCCGCAUUACCUCUCUCCGCGGAGUCCUUGCUCCCUACCAAAGCGUCUCACCGCAACGGGAGCGAGAGCGGCAGCCAGAACAGUCGGUCGAGCGGCAGCCGCGGCAGUGCCACGGCCUCACAGAAGGAGGAUGACAAGAACAUGACCCUCACGUUGAACGGAUUCCAAAUUGGAUUUGCACCUGAAGCAGUCGCUGGCAAAUCUAUUAACAUUCGUGCUGGGGAGACUGGGGCUGUCCGAUUGAACAUCGGUGGCCCGCGGCCAUCCAAGCAGCGUGUGAACGGUACCAGCUCUGAUUAUGCGGGUAGCUCCAGCCGUCGGGAACUUGAAGAUGUGGUGAGGCGUCCGCGGGAUGAUAGACGGUCGGAACGACCUAGUCGUCGAGACAGCCAGUCGACCUACGGGACUACUCGCUACCAUUGA